AAUCGAGAUAAGACGAAAAACAAUGUCAUCGUGUAGUUCGUCUGCGAUCGAGAUGGAGAUCACGCAGUACACACGUCUUCGCUUGAGUAGCAAUUUGUUCAGUUUAGAAAAUUGUCGUUUGUCGAGUGGCGGACAGCUGAGAAUCGUGGAAGCUGCUUGCCUCGUCGAAAGGGGUAAAAUAAUUAGCCGAAUAUCGUCAAAAUAUAUAUAUAUAUUGUAGACGAGAUGUGCAACGUUCCUCGCUAAUGGCAACGAGAAAGUCGAACGUCCACGAGUUUUGCAACUGACCGAGAUAGAAAGUGUCCCUCGUGAAGCGAAUUUGCCCAAGAGAUAUAGAGAAAAAUUUUGACAAAGGGUUGCUUCUACUGCGAAGCGUUCAAAAUUUUGUUGAACACAUUUCGUCCCAGAUCGGCAAGAUUCAAAAAAUAAUUGACAUAACGUCGGAGGGAUACUUUAGUUGACAGAGGAUGACAGAGGAGAAGGAUCUAAACGAAGUAUUGUGCGUGAAGAAUUUGGUGAAGGUGGUAAAUGGUAAUGAAAAGAGCAACAGCAACCCCUUGGAGACGAAAGUGUACAAGAAGCGAUGGCUAAUAUUGGCUCUGUACAUUCUGUACACGGGAAUGAGCAAUGCCCAAUGGAUUCAAUAUUCUAUAAUCGCCAACGUAGUUAGCAGGUACUAUGGGGUUUCUUCAACGACUGUCGACUGGACAGCAAUGUCAUUCAUGGCUUAUUACGUGAUUUUCAUUUUUCCUGCUACGUACAUGGUGGACCGAGUCGGAUUUAGGUGGACUAAUAUUAUAUGCUGUGGCGUCACAUGUCUUGGCUCGUGGGUCAAGGUUUUGUCAGUCAGUCCUGACAGGUUUUACGUUACCUUUAUUGGACAAUCUCUGGUUGCUACCACACAGACGAUAAUUCUAACAUUACCUGGACGUCUGGCAGCGCAAUGGUUCGCCGGCAACGAACUUUCCACGGCUACGUCAUUGAGCAUAUUCGGCACCCAAAUAGGAAUAGCCCUAAGUUUCUUGCUCACGCCGAUAAUCGUGAAAAAUCACGAGAAUUUGGAGGACAUUGGCGCAGGCUUGUCGCACCUUUUCUGGAUCGUAGCUAUUAUCAUGACGAUUGCGUUCAUCCUAGUUGUAAUACUGUUCGAGGACGAUCCGAAAUUACCACCGAGCAAAACACGAGCUCUACAAAAGUUGAACCAGAUGGAAGCCGAGGAAAGUAUUGUGCAACCUAUUAAAAGAUUAUUCAAAAACAAGAGCUUUUUGUUACUGUGCAACUCGUACGGUUUGGGCAUCGGUGUGCUGAACGUCGUAGGAACGUUGCUGAAUCAAAUAUACCUCGCGCACUUUGAGCACGGUGAGCAAGACGCGGGUAGAAUUGGUUUGACCAUAACCAUGACAGGAGUGAUAGGUUCCGUCUCUUUUGGAAUAAUUCUCGAUAAAACGCAUAAAUACAAGGAAACGACUGUAAUUGUGUAUUUCCUCUCGCUGAUUGGCCAGAUAUCCUUUUCUAUGUUCACGUGGCUCGAAAUGAAAUGGAUGGUGUAUCUGUCGGCCAUUUUCCUCGGAUUUUUCUUAGUCGGAUACGUAGCCCUAGGAUACGAAAUGUGCGCGGAAUACACGUAUCCAGAGUCCGAGGAGAAAACGGCGGCAAUUUUGAACGUGGCUAAUAACGUUUACGGAAUUGUCCUCAUUCUGAUAAUGGGCCGAUUGCUGGAGGUAUACGGGGACAUUCCGGUGCACGUGUGCCUCUGUGUGAUGAUACUGACCGGCUUUAUCAUGACCGUGUUGACGAAGGACGUCCAAAGGCGUCAGGAUGCCAGGAAAAGCGUACAUUACGUAGGGGUGAAAGAACAAAGUGAGAAAAGCAACGAGUGCAACGGAGUGGAAAAAAAUUAAUUCGAUCGUAACUACUUUCUCACAUUGAUACAAAUCUGCGUUUAAUAUUUUCUAUGACAGACUAUGUCCUAAACUGUAGUUUGUAACACUAGUUCAUAGAUGCAGGAUACAAUUUUUCAUAAGAAUAUUUUAAUAUUUUUUUGUAGAACGAUAUAUAUGAAUUGUUUGGAUCAAGUUUGCGAUCCAAUUUGAUCUUUAUUUUUCCCUCUGUCAAGAAGUAAAAUUUCUAUUCGACUGUCAAUAUAGCUUGUGGUAUUCAAUAUGAUUUUACAUAUACAUUUAU